GACAUAUUCAUCACCCUUCAUCACCCUUCAUCAUCAUAUUCUUUUUUAAACUCCCCUGGCCUGCUUACUCUGUACCAAACAAAAUCCUUAUCAUUCUCCCAUCUCCCACGAUAUUUAUCCUAAUUUGGCAUAUUUUAAUAUUCUCCUAAUAGAAACGAAUAGUCCGAAACGUAACAUUAACGAGGGAAUAAUUGCGGAACUAAGCUUGAAGAAGAUCUAAAUCAUUAUGAGGUGGCUUCCAACCGUCCUCUCCCUUGGCCUGGCGGCCGAUGCCGUCGUUGGUAGUAGCUGGUUUAGUAAAGCAGCAUACAACAAAUGGCAUGAGACAGAAUUAGAACGAUGGCUGUCCGACAACGAUAUUCCCUACCCGACCCCAGCUGAUCGAAAAGAUCUGGAGAACCUGAUUCGGAAGAACUGGGAUUCCUACGCCGUGUCUCCCUACAAGAACUGGGACACGGACAAGCUCACAGCAUAUCUGAAAUCGAAGGGCGUAGAGACUAAAGAGUCGGCAAAGUCAGGCAAGGACUCACUUAUCAACCAGGUAGCAAGCGCUUGGUAUGAGACGGAAGACAAGGCCCAAACGGCAUGGACCAAUGUACAAGACUGGAUUUUGGACACUUGGUCCGACAGCGCUCUAAAGGCCUUUGCCGACAAGCACGGCAUUCCAGUCCCUCAGCCACGGACUCGUGAUACCCUACUUCAAAAGGUCCGCUCUAACUACCAGACGGUAGCUAAUAAAGCUAGCGAGACUGCUGCGUACCCUGGUGAUUGGCUUUAUGACACUUGGUCUGAGUCUGACCUGAAGGAAUGGCUAGACACUCAUGGCUUUCCCGCUCCUCAAAUCACCGACCGCAACAAGCUGAUUGCUAUGGUUCGCCGCAAUUCUCGCAUUGCUUACCUGAGGGCCCAAGAUCAGAAGGCGUCUGCUCUCGCUAGCGCUAAAUCCGCAUACGCUACUCUCACUGACAAGCUUAUUGAUGCUUGGAGUGAGUCCCAGUUGAAGGAGUUCUGUGACAAGAACGGCAUCAAUGUUCCUCAAGGAACCAAGACUAACGAGCUGCGUGCCCUUAUUCGGAAACACCGCGCUGCUAUUCUUGGUGACAAUGUGUCUGCGUCCGCUUCAAGCGCUUUCGGCGCUGCUACUAGCAAGGCUGGUAACCAGUACGCCAAGGCCACCAACGAUGCCAGUCUCGCAGCUCAGGAUGCUUUCAACAAGGCCGUCAACACCUGGUCUGAAAGCCGUCUGAAGGCCUACCUGGAUGCCCGCGGAAUUCCGGUUCCCCAGGGAUCGAAGAUUGACGAACUCCGUGCCCUGGUGCGGAAGAACGCUCACAAAAUUGCUCACCCCUACAGCGCUUGGACUUGGGAUGACCUAUCUUACGAUAACCUCAGGAAGUACCUGGCCAGCAGCGGUAACGCAGCUGCGAAGAAGGUUGGCGAGAGCAGCUCUGCUACUCGAGACGAACUUGUGGAGGCUGCCCAGUCGGCUUACUCGUCCGCUUCCAGCGCUGGCGGCAACUCAUAUGCCUCUGCGACAAGCUACCUGGCCCAAGCGACUGAGGCGGCCAAGAAGAGCACUUUCGACACAUGGAGCGAGAGCGAGUUGAAGGCGUACCUGGACAGCUACGGCGUGCCCGUACCCCAAGGCUCUACUCUCAACGAACUCCGCGCCGAAGCCCGCAAGCAGUUGACGUACUUCAAGUACGGCACCUCGAGCCCAGCAGGCACCGCUUUCGCCAAGAUUGGCGAGGGUAUCAACAACGCGUAUCAGUGGGUCUUGGGACAUCUGACUGCUGGUUCCGAGAUCGCAAAGAAGAAGGCUGGUGAGAUUAAAGAGGAACUAUGAAGAGAUGAACGCGCUUCCAACUCCUAGUUAACUUCAUGUCAAGUAUGAGCGAAAGCGGAGAAAUGGGUGGAUUUCUGAGAAGUAGUCAUAAAGAUGU